AAGAGGGCGGAGUUUACAAUAUGACAUCUAAACUGAGGUGAUAUAAAUGUGUUGUGCCAGAUUCUCCUGUGGGGAACAACUGACAACACAACUGCAACACGCUACUCAUGGGAGAUUAACUCCAAACAUUGAGGACAAUAUUCCCAUCACUCAGCAUAGGAAUACCAGCAUGGAGAUGUCCAGUACAUCUGUCCUGCCAGUGGUUGGCUUUGGGUCGAUGGCUCGGUCAGCCGGACUGCUGGAGAUUGCUGUCAGGCUGUGCUUGAACCAGCGUAAACAACUGUGUCCUCAUGUCUGGGUUCCCAUCCUGAAACCCCAGCGAUCCUGCAUCCGUCCUCCAGCUUCAGAGCACUUAUCCUCUGACAUCUUGAGCCAAGUCUUCCCGCCCCAUCCUUCCUCACCUUUCCUCAAUGACUUGGACGACGGCGAUGAUGAUGUGUUGUUCCCAAUCAAGAGCAAACGUGUUGUUUUUGCCGACUCGCGGGGAUUGUCUCUAACAGCCGUGCGAGUGUUUUCCGACAAAGAAGAGCAGUCUGACCUCGACCUGCUGCCAUCGCUGCAGUCUUUAGGCAGCAUGACAGAGGAUGGCUACAGCUGCACAGUCAGCACCUGCUGCCCAGGAACACGGCUCAAACUGGGCUUCCUGCAGCCAUCUGCAAAUUUCCAGGCCUUUCGUGCCAAGCUGGCAGAGAGCAUGGUCAUCUUGGAGAACUGCAGUAUCAGCGAGAAGACCCUCCGGGGUACCGUGAGAGUUGGGAAUGUCAGCUACCAGAAGGAUGUGCGUGUGCGCAUCACCUUUGACUCGUGGCAGAGCUACAGAGACGUGCCCUGCACGUACCUGCAGAAACGCUUCGGAGGACCUCAGACGGACAUCUUUGAAUUUGACAUUACCAUUCCUAAAGUGCUAGAUGCCAAAAGGAAGAUUGAGUUCUGUUUAAGUUAUUUGCCAGGAGGGCACAGCGAGCCUUUUUGGGACAAUAACAAUGGACAGAAUUACAGCAUUACAGUGAGUGUGAACUCACAUCUGUGCCAUGGGAAGAAUCUAAGUGAAAGGCCAUGACUCACUAAACCUAGAAGUGAUCCUGUUUUUUCCCCAUCUUCGUCUAUACUGUAUCAGUCCUGGGUGAAGGUUUAGUGUACAUUUUUGUGUUUUUCUGUGAAAUGUUACUUCUUUUAUUUUUGAUCAUGUUUAUACUGCUUAGUAACAGUUCUAUAUUUUAAAAAUGUCUUUAAAACAGAUCAGUUUUG